AUAUAUAUUUAGAUAAUGUUUUCUAUCGGCGAGACGAUGGAGUUUCUCCUCGGAAACCCGUUUUCUACCCCGGUCGGACAGAGAAUCGAGCGAGCCACCGGCGCCUCUCUACAGUCGGAGGACUGGGCGCUCAACUUGGAGAUCUGUGACAUCAUUAAUGAGACAGAUGAAGGGCCCAAAGAUGCAGUUAAAGCCAUUAAGAAGAGAAUAGUUGGAAACAAGAACUUCAGGGAGAUCAUGCUGGCGCUCACUGUUCUUGAGACCUGUGUGAAGAACUGCGGCCAUCGUUUCCAUGUUUUGGUGACCACGCAGGAGUUUGUGGAGGGGGUUUUGGUUCGUUCCAUUCUGCCCAAAUACAAUCCGCCCACCGUGCUCCACRACCGAAUCCUCAGCCUCAUACAGUCGUGGGCCGAUGCAUUUCGCAGCACUCCUUCCUUAUCGGGGGUGGUUUAUGUAUACGAUGACCUGAAGAGGCGAGGUCUGGAGUUCCCCAUGACGGACCUGGACUCCCUGUCCCCCAUCCACACUCCGAACAGGAGUAUCCCAGAAAAUGAGACCCCCGAAGUGACUCCUAUCACCCCCACACAUCAGUCACAACCACAAGCUCCUCCCACUGUCGGUGCUCCCAGUCAGAAUAACGCUGCUCCGGUCCAGGCCAGUGACGGAUCGGGUCAGCUGUCUGCAGAACAGGAACGGAAGCUGCGCAGGGAGCUGGAGCUGGUGAAGGGAAAUGUGACAGUAAUGUCUCAGAUGCUGAAUGAACUCAUACCUGGACAGAGCAAACCGGACGACACCCAGCUGCUUCAGCAGCUGUUCUCUGUGUGUAAGAGCAUGCAGACCCGAGUGGUGGAGCUCAUCCCUCAGCUGCUGGACGAAGGGUUCGUGGAGGAGCUGCUCAUCGUGAACGACGACCUCAACAACCUCUUCAUUCGCUACGAGAGGUUUGACAGGCUGAACAAGGCUCAAAGUACAAACACCCAACAGAGCUGUAUUAUGAGCCCAGAGCCUUCAGCCAAUGAGCAGCCUGCUGUCAUUCCAACAACCAACCUAUCAACAGUCAGCUGCAGCACCAACCAGCAGCCGUCAGUCAAUCACAAAUCUGUUUUUGCAGAAGAGGAGGAGGAGUUUGACAUGUUCGCUCAGACCAGAGGCAGCUCCUUGGCGGAGCAGAGAAAAAGUGUCAGGUAUGAGGAUCCUGGAGCUGUGGAAGGCCUUGCAGGAGCUCUGGACUCGAGGCUGCAGGUCACAGCAGGGAUGGCUCCAGCUAACAGCUCCCUGCAGAAUGAUAUAGACAGAUGGUUACCCAGUGACGUGCARGAAGAGCGGUCUUUGGUUUGUGAAGGCGUCACCAGUGAAGAGUUCGACAAGUUUCUGGACGAACGGGCGAAGGCGGCGAACCACAGUGACCUGACGAUUCGCAGCGUGCCCCCCUCCACAGCCAGACCUCCGCCUCAACCCGCCACGCAGCAGGACUCGUCACAUGACCGCCUCUUUACUCUCUGAGCGAGAAAUUAAACCAAAAGAAAAUUAUUAUAUUUUAGAAUUAAAACCAACCAAUCUAUUUGUUUUCUUUUUUUUACACAAAGUACUGUUUCUUUCAAAUCUGCUGUUAGAUGUCUUCAUGUACAUACAAACAACUUUAUGUGAAGUAUUUAAGAUUAUUAUUAAAACGGUAUGAACAAUGACGUGUAAAAUAUUUCUGUUGUGCCUUGAUGUGCCUUUAAGAGCUGAUUCUGUGUAAAUGAAAAUAAAUGGGAUGCUGUUCCAUAAGACCUGA